AUUCCUGCGAUCAGCGUCCUGUAGUGCGCGUCUGGCUCUCUUCUCAUCCUCUCCGCCUGAUUUUUCACUCGUCUUGAGGAUGCUGUGCGGAAUCAAACACUCAUUCGUCUUCUGCAUUAGUCGUGCAGCGUUUCCUCGCGGAUGCUGAAUAUCAGGUUUUAUGUCAAGACAUUUCUAAAUCUGUUGUUGUUUACCCACCUUGACAUGUUGAAGACAACUCCUGAUGUCAUCUUCUCAAAAUCAGUAUCUCACAUAACAGUGUGAAAGAUGCCAAUACUUACUUUAGCUUUAAGUUUGAAAGCGGUGAGAGCUCCAGACCUCAAGGGAGGAUCAACAAGACUCUACAUGAAAGCUUGAGAACACAUGAACCUUCAGGAAACAUGAGUGUGAAUGAUGAACACACCAGACCCUUCGGGACCAGCAUUAAAGAUGGCUGUAAGGAAAUCAGGAACAACAACAGACAUACAGAAGAUUCCCUAGAUGGUGAUGCCAAUGCUAAUGAAAUCCAAAGAGGAGAUGAAGGAACAACUUUGGAGGCAACUGAAACCCUGUCCUCUGUGGUAUCUCACACUGAGGAACAGGUGAAGAUGAUUAUCCAGGGCACAGAUUCCCCAUGUGAUGACCCAGAGUUAGCUGAGUUUGAGAUGCUGGAAAGUCAGGAACUAGUGGAUGACGAAGAGAGCAGUAUUCCUAAAGGAGAUGUCAGGGGUGCUCUAUCCACCAAUAUAAUGCAGACUGAAGCAAUGUCUCCGAAGGUAGAAGGUAAAAGGUUCUCCCAGUUAAUUUCAAAGGAGCAAGCUACUGUUUGUCCUAAGUCCACUAGCAAAGAAAUGGUGACCAGCAUAGCAAGGACUGAGUUUAGCUCUGAAAAUGAUGUUUUUGUCUCUUGCCUCUCCACAAUGUCUAGUCUUGGAGGAAGUCUUGCUAGUGCCCUGGACAAUGCAGGUCGAACCCAAAGCUCUGAUUCGUGGCAUGCUCCCUCAGGGCCAUACCGAACUCUCUCUGAGGACCUUACCCUUGCCUCACAGUCCUGUUUAACUAUUUCAGAUAAAAGCCGGAGCUCUGUACAUACUGACGGCAUGCAUCAUCAAGCAGGAAAAAGUACAAUGCACAUCUACAGUGUUGAUCUCAAUCUUAACUCUACCACAUUGCCUGAGGAACCCCUUUUAGAAGCACAAGAAAACCAACCAGCUACAGACUUUGUAAUAUAUGAGAGCUCAGGUCAACUGACAAAUGGCAUGAGUGAUUGUAGCAUUGCAAGUAUCAAGAAGGUCCCUAAUAAAUCAGGAAGUACCAGUCAGGACAAUCUAGGAGAAUCUGGAGUUCAUGUAAAGGAGUACCAUGGAACCGAAGACAAGGCUCCAAAUUUAAAAACAAUAUCAACUGAGAAGAAACAUUGCCAACAUCUUGUCUCAGAAAACACACAGUCUGCUUCACAGAACAGAAGGUUCUCUCAUGAUUCCGCUGCUGAAUCUCAUAAAAUUGCUCUUAGAACCUCAAAACUAACCUCAAAGGAUACACCUGUACACUCUGGUGGUUCUGAACCCCAACCAUAUAAGAAGCAAUCUUCUUUUGAAAAGACCCGAAGUUCUAGUGCAUCAAGUUUGGAAAGGCGAAGACCUUGGGGCAGCCCAUCUCGCCCUGAGACCCCUCCAUCCCCUAAGACCACCUGUUCCCCUCGGAAACAGCCUCCUUCAUCACCAGCCAAACCUAUUAGCACAAGAGAAGCAAGUCAGGAACUAAAUGAAACCUUACAGAGGGGAACAACUGGUUUGAGGCAACCAAGUAAAAGUUUUCUCAGUAGUAGUAGCAGUCUCCCAAAACCUGCUGUUCCUCAACAACCCACUAGAGCUGAGUUUGAAUCUAAGAAGUCUUCUCCACCUCAGAAGCCCAAAAAUGUUCGACCAAAAAUCAUAACAUAUGUCCGCAAAAGCCCUCAAGCAAAACCAAUGUCUGAAGGUCCCUAUGAAGUAUCGACGUUACCGCCAAGACUUACACCUUACAGUAGCUCACCAACCUCAAAAGAGUCUAAGGCCGAGGGGUCCAGAGGUUCACCUGUGCUGAGCUCCACUAAUAUCCUUUAUGACAAGUAUUGUCAGGAAGGACAGAGGUCAGGGCACUACUCCCCUCCAGGACUGAUGGCGUCUGGGAUCAGGCCACCUAGCCACACUGUCCCCCAUAAACUGGUGGGCAAAUCAGAGAGUUUCCACGGGGAACUGCCAGAUCAAUAUGUACAGGGUGGUAGAGCGGUUCAGCUAAAUACCUAUGAUGCUGCUGCUGCCGUUUUCCGCUUUCCGAGAGCCUUAAGGCCUCAGCUUGGCCAUGGAGCUGUCACCAGACAGCCUGCUACUAAGAACAGGACUGUAUUACCAGGUCAAAGGUCAGCGUCACCCCUCAGUUAUACGGCUCCAGCUGUUCAGGCCCCAAGUAGUCACCAGGAACCUGCAGUGGAUCAGAAGAGACUAGCAUUGGGUGUGGCCCCCAAAUUUAUGCUCCCCAAACCGGGUCAAUCUGGACUGCAUCCUCCCGGCUUCUCCCAUCUGCCUCCUGCUCGACUGGCCACCUUUGGCUUUGUCCGCAGUGCUAGCGUGUCUUCUGUGUCCAGCAACCAAUCGAAUGACAGCAUACACAGUGACCCCUGCCGAUCCAUCCGUCCGCACAGCAGCAGUGAUGAAACUCUCCUCUCGCGCUCUCCUCUCCCUCCUGUUGAGAGCAGCAGUGGCAGGAGUCAGAACCGCAGCAGCCCCCCGCCCCCAGCCCGCCGAUCUCUGCACCCGCCCCCUCGUGCCUCACCCGUGGUCUUUAGAAAGGAGUUUCAAAGGGAUGGAGAAAUCACCCGACCCAUUGUGUCGUCCCCGAAGAGGUUUGCAGUGGUCUCUCCCAAGCCUCAGUCCCCUGUCCGUCAGAAGUCAUGUGUGGCCCGUCUGGGUGGGCGUGCAGAGGGCGUGGAUGCAGAGCGGGACCGGUUGAUGGUACAGAGACUGAAAGAGAGAUGUGAAGAUCAGGCUCGGCAGCUGAUCAUCCUGCAGGACGAGCUCAGGAAGUCUUCACGAUGCUUGGAUGUGUUCACCAUAACCACACAACACUUCUGCCAGAAGAGUGAGAAUGCUGCCGUGAAGGAGAGGGAGUUGUCCCUGCAGUUAGCCAGAAUCAGGGAUGAAGUGGUGGACAGCGUUCAGCGGUGGGAGCGUCUGCAGGGUGAGAAGGCCCAGCUGGAGCAGAGUUUUGAGUGGGAGCUGAAAGGACUACAAGAGGAGCAACAGCAGGAGCUCAAGGCCCUACAGGAGAGACUGAUAGAGGAGCACACCUCUGAGAUACAGCGACUCCAGCAACAGCAGAACCGCCACCUGGAGCAGCUGCGUUCCCAGCACCAGGAACAGAUUGAGGAAAUGAGUGAAAACCAUGAGAGAGCAAUGAUGGAAAUAGAAGCGACUCAUGGUGCCACGUUGGGCACUUUACAGGAAGAACACACCAGAACCAUCAAGAACCUGAAGAUGGCACAUGAGCAGCAAAAGAAGUCAAUGGAAGAGGAAUUUGAGAAGCUCAGACUCUCACUGCAGGAUCAGGUGGACACCUUGACAUUUCAGAACCGCGCUCUGCGAGACCGGGCCAAGCGCUUUGAAGAAGCACUGCGCAGAAGCACAGAUGAGCAGAUAGUGGAUGCCCUUGCUCCUUAUCAGCAUAUUGAGGAAGACCUAAAGAGCCUUAAAGAAGUUCUGGAGAUGAAGAACCAGCAGAUUCAUCAACAGGAACUCAAAAUUUCAGAGCUGGAAAAAAUGGCCCAAAAGAAUGUUCUGUUGGAGGAGCGUAUUCAGGUGCUACAGCAGCAAAAUGAAGACCUAAAAGACAGGAUUGACCGCAACCUUACUAUGUCCAGGCAACUUUCAGAGGAAAAUGCCAACCUGCAGGUGUACGUUGAGAAAGAGAGCAAUGAGAAGAAACGACUGAGUCGCAACAAUGAAGAGCUUCUGUGGCGUCUUCAAACAGGCGAGUUGAGCCCACGAAUGUCUCCCACCCAGUCGCCCCUUCAUCGACCAGCCUCUAGUCCCGCUUCACCCUCCCGACAACAGCCCUUCCCUAGAUGAGUGUCCAAUUCUCUGCCUUUCUUACUCAGUCUCUUGCACUCUUUUUUUUUCUGUAACUCAUGUUUCUCAUUUUGGAUUCUGAUUGGAUGGAAUAGAGGAUGCUCUCACACCUCUUACACCAUAGAUGGUGGUCAUAGCGCUUUCAGUUUCAUCAUGCCAAUGUCAAUGUUAAUAUAUUAGUUGGUACAGUGAUCAGGGUUUGAGUUGACUUUUUUUAGCAAGACUGAACAAAAUAGUUUUAAGUCAUGUAUAUGUAAAUGGAUAGUCCACCCAAAAAUGUAACAUUCUGUCAUAAUUUACUUGUUCUGAACCUACAUGACUGACUUACUAAUGUGGAGCAUAAAUGAAGAAAUUUGUAAAAAAAAAAAAAAAAAGAUUAUUGUUCUUUUUCAAACAAUUUCAAUGAUUAGGGACUGAAGCUUUUAAGCUUUAAAAAGAUGCAUGAAAGUUCAAAUUUCAAAAAGAAAAGUUUACUGAUAUACUCCGACUACAGUGUAACCAGAUCAGUGAGUUGAUCUGGAGAACCAAACAGGACUGAUUCAUGAAGAAUCAAUUGGGGGUGCGUUUUUCAAAAGCAUUUCAAGCUAAAGUUGAAAGUUCCAUUGUUACCAACACUCUUUUCUUUUGUUACCAGUUAAACGUUAAAUGUUUUCAUGAAAAUACAGUUACAAUACAACUAUAGUAUAGAAAAUACAAACAAUAUUAUCAAACAGCUUCACAAAGUUGUUUGGUGGGAACUACUGCCUUUAAUCUGUGAUUAGACAUUUUUUGUUAGUAUGAUGUGACAUACAAAUGAAAAUUGAAUUCUACAUCUUUUAGUUUUUCAUGGAAAUUAAAAAAGUUGAUGCAAAAAGGAAUCAAACAUGGAAAUUAAGCCAAACAACAGAGGACAAAAGAAGCAAAGUUGUCCUCAGUUCACAUGUUCAUAAUUUAAAGCAAUAAUCUUACAUAAUUAGCAGAAGUUAUUACUGCACCACCUGCAUGACGUCACUAACAGCAAAGUUACUACGGUUUCAGGUAACAUUCAUGACUAGCUAGUUAAUUUCACUAGUGAUGCACCAUACUGUGGUACAUAGCCAGCAAAUUACGUUGGGAAAUGCACCCCAGACCACUCCAUGAAUUGAAUUGACUGUUUAAUUUAAAAAAAAGAAUUCAUUCACAGUUAACGACCAAUCGGAUUUUGGCCGGGUCUCACAGUCAGUUGAUUAGCAGACUUACAAUGCAGCACACAAGUUCACUUUUACUACACUUUGAUGGUGGUUUGAAAGCUUGAAAGCAUCAGUCCCGUAAUUGCAUGGAAAAGAAAGACCAGCACAUUCUUCAAAAGUUCUCCUUUUGCGUUCCACAAAAUAGUCAGUCAUAUAAGUUUGGAACAACAUGACAAUGAGAAAAUUAGAGAAUUUUGAGCUUCAAAAUUGUUAAAUUAACAAAUAAACCUACACUAGAGAGAACAGAAAAAGGGAAAAUGAUUCUCCCUUUUUUAGUGUAAAACUAUAUAAUGUGAGUCACAAUGUUGUGCAUUAUGAUAUUUCACAGGCCAUUUUGGAAAUAUAUCCUUUUUUGUACCUUCUACUCUAAUGGAUUUGGGCUUGUGCUGAGGUUUUCCGUUCGAACAGGACAUCAUGGUGCUUGUUCCCCAACCUUUGCCUAUUGUCUCAAGCUUUUCCAAAGAUUAAUCAGGAUAACAAAUAUACAGUUUUACUAAGAAAUUGCCUUUUUCAAAGGAAAACCACCCACCAGCAACCUUCUGUGCAAGCCCAAGCAUUACUGUAAUCAAUAGACCAAACAGGAAAAGACAGAAAGACGUCUUUAUACUAGGCAAGUUUAGUACGGACAGCUGUCAUUCAAAUGAGGUCAAAUUUGUCAAAACAGGAUCAACUAAUAAUUAUGCAGUCUAGGGGCUUAAAUGUUGAUACAAAUGAGUCUAAGAUGUACUUACACUUUUUAAGGUGGUUCAUUCACAUUUUGUGACCACUAUACAAGGAUGCUAAUGUUAGCAUGGACUGACAAUGCAGUAGUUUAAACAACUUGCAAAACUUCAACCUGCUGUCUUUACCUUCAUCUCAUGUUUGUGAGGGUAAACAAUCCUCAUGCCUUCAUCUCAACUGUCCAUGUUUACAGAAAUCUCCGGAAUGCAUUAAGAACUGCCUAUAUGAACUGACGCCACAGUUAUCGGUCAUGGCUGUUUAUGUCCCUCGUCUCUGUACAGUAUGUAUCAUAAGUCUUCCGGUUGCUCUGACUCAGAUAAUAUGUUUAAACUGCAUUCAUGUGGACACUAUGAGGGCAUUUGUCCUAGAGACUUUCCUGCAUAAUAUUUAACUAAACGUUUUUUUGCAAAAGUACUACAGAGCAUUACGUGAGCAUUUUAAGUUUGCAACAAGUUAUCACGAGUACCUCAGUUCUUAAAAAUGCAGGCUUCUACAGAGACUUUAUUAUUGUUUAUUCUAAUACAUUCAGGGUCUACAGUGUCAAAGCCAUGGUCUUAAUACAGGAAAGUCUUUAGUAGUGAAUAAUAAUAACCAGAAAGUAUUUAAACUACACCUGCAUUUAUCUUCCCUGAAUAUCCUACAACAGCUAUCCUGUAUAUUAAGUGGAUCAUUUGUAUGUGUAUAUACACUUGUAUUCUUGCUUACGUUGUGGUAAAAAUCUGGACUCAAUCUUUGGGAAUUUUAGAAAGGAGUUAGGACCGUCGUCUUGUUCAUGAAUGUUUUAAUGUCCUGAGGGGACAAUAUACAUGCUUUUAUUUUAUGUCUAAGUGUACUUAGUAGUGCAGCUAUUAGUGAUUACAUAUUUUAUGAUUAGCAUAAAUGACCAUGAUUGAUUUUUUUUAUAGGAACAUGAAAUCAUUAGUUAACAUUCUUCAGCCUUAACAUUUGUACUAACACAGAGAGUGCAAAUGGCUGCUGCCAUUUACAAACACUUGAACUAUAAUGAUGGCUGAUUUUAUACCAUUGUACUGGUGAAUUUUGUUUAUUUAUUCCUGCUCAUUCCGAGUGAUCCAGCUCAGGUUAGGAAGGUGCAUUACAAUGUCAUUCACAGUUUGACUCGAUACAUUCUAAAACAUCUUCAUGUUGAAUCUACAGAACGGAAUGUAAACUACAGGUAUACAUUUGAAGGUUGGCGUCAAUGUAAUAUCAGACUUGUAUUUAAAUGUAUUUCACUCAUAUAGCAAUUAAAUUGAAAGCUCUGAAUGAAAUAAUGAAAUAUAAAAAUCAACUAUCUGUCUGCUAUUACAGUUCCUUAUGUGUCUGCUUGGAUUAUGCUCAUCUCUGCUUUUGAAAUAUAAAUGAAAGGAAAUCUUCACUCAAUCAGGAUGUGAAAUGCACUGAUUUGUUUCUUUUGUAUUUUUUCCCCUUUCCCCAUGGACAUGAUUCUGGAGUUUCUGAAUGCUUCUUCCAUUCAUAAAGGAACAGUUCAGCCAAAAAAAUGAAAAUUGUCACUAUUUACUCAGUCUCAUAUCGCUCCAAACUUGUUGUUAUUUUUGUCCAUGUAGCGUACUUCACAUUUUAACAGUUGUGCCGUGCUAAAAAAUGAUUUACCUAAUUUGAUGCUCCAGACAUUUAAAAAUUGCUUAUAAAUCUCUUAUUAGCUAUAUUAUCGCCAAAUAUUGGAUUUAAAAAGCACCAUAAACAUCAUAGUUUAUAUAGCAUCUUAGUCAUCAUAGUCUUUAUGACCUGUGCACUAUGUUCCAAAUCUAUCCAUAUUGUGAACUAGUGUUAUAUUGAGUAGAAAAGCAUUUACGUUUGAGAAUGAAAAGAGAAUGAGUAAAUAAUGACUGCAUGUUAUUUUUUGAUGAACUGGAAUACAAACACAACUGUCUGUCAUUGGAUAUUUAAGGGAGGUCUGUAACAUGGAUUGUGUUAAUGAAAUGUCCUAUUGAUUUUUUUUUUCUCUUCUCCUAAUUUGUGUUGUACAGCUUGUAUGAGCUUUAUGUGUGAUCUAUGUUACAACACGUUAAUGGAAAAGCAUGUCUUAAAGCUGUGAUUUAUUUUGUUUCGUUCAAACCUUGUUAGUGUAUCUACUCACUGUUGUGAUGCAUUCAAAAACUCUUUUGAUGAUUAUGUUGCACUUUAUUGCCCUUUGGGUUUAAAUAUUAAAAGAAAAUGUA